AUGUCUUCGUCUCCUUUGAACGACGAAUUCGAUAAUCUAGUCCAGGAACUACUGCAGACAUGGCAUGUUCCAGGCCUUUCAAUCGCUGUGAUUGAUGGUGCUGCUACGUUUGCCAAAGGCUAUGGACUGGCUGUUCUUCCUGAUGUCCCAGUCACUCCGGAGACAGUCUUCUUUACUGCCAGCACAACCAAAUCAUUUACAGCUGCCAGUAUAGCUUUGUUGAUAGAUGAUGUUGCAUCUAAUAAAGCGACAGAGAAGACGCAGUCACACUUGUCCUGGACUUCGACCAUCUCUUCCGUCAUACCGGAAGAUUUUGUUCUAGAGGAUGAAUAUACAACAUCCCACGUCACUUUUGAAGAUGCCCUGAGCAACAGAAGCGGUCUUCCAGACCAUGUCAAAAGCUUCAAACCAAAGACAACAUCGCUCCAAGACGGCAUCCGAUCCCUCAGACACCUUCCACUCGCCGCCGAACUACGGUCCCAAUACCUAUACAGCAGCUACAUGUUCUCCGCCGUCUCACUCGCAAUCGAGCAAAUGACAGGCACAGGCUUAGGUGGAUUCAUGCGAGAAAGAAUCUGGACACCUCUCAAAAUGACACACACAUACUGGACGCCCCAAGAAGCAAAGGCAGCAGCAAGCACAGGAACAACCCUAGCGCACGGCUACGCAUGGAAUGCCGCCACAGAACAAUACACCAAAGAAGCAACUCCAGACUUCCAAGUCGUUUCAGGCGCAGGUGCAAUCAUAAGCAACGUCCUCGAUUACACUCAAUGGCUGCGAUGCAUGAUGACCCAGUCAUCCCUGAUAAGUCCCGCCGCCCAUGCAACACUCAUAGAACCGCGCAUUCACUACAAGCAACAAGCCACCAACCCAUUCCCCGCUCCGCAUGCUUAUGCUCUCGGCUGGAGGAUCGACAACUACCGAGGCCAGCGCGUGAUCUGGCAUACAGGAAGCUGGACUGGAUACGGGUCUACGAUGAUGUAUCUACCCGAGCUGCAAUGGGGGUUGGUCAUGAUGGGCAACACGACAUUGACAAGCAAUUAUGCGCAAAUGGCUUUGUAUAUGCAUUUGCUAGACGAGCGUCUUGGGACGCCUAUGUCUGAGAGGAUCGAUUAUUCCCUGAAGAUUUCUCAGCUUCGGGAGCGGAAGAGAGUCGAUAAUGGUAAUGCAUUGGCACGACUUUAUCCCGAUCUUCCUUGUCCGGUUGAGCCGCCGUCACUUCCUCUUGGGAAAUAUGCCGGGCGGUAUUAUCAUGCUGGUUAUGGAGAGAUGGAGAUUGAGUUGCGGGGGAAUGAGCUAGUUGCUUCGCGGCUUCUAUAUGAGGUCUCCAUGGUGAUUCGGAUUGUUUGUGUUUCUGGGGAGUUUUGGAUGGCGAAAUUGGAGGUUGUUAAUCAAGAUCCGCGGGAUCACGAAGUCGUUAGGGCGGGGUUUCAUGUCACGGAUGGAAUGACAAGACGAGUUGGGAUCGAAUUGGAACCUGCUCUUCCAGGGCGGAUGAUGUGGUUCGAAAGGGUCACUUUGGGGGGUUCAAUGGAAAAGGAGCAAUAA